CAUUGAUAGAAGGCGGAAGCUAAUUAGAUAAAAAGCAAUUCCACAAACUAAAAAGAGACGCAUAUAAUUGGUGUAAUUUGGUAAACAAAAACCAACUUUGGUUUCGUUAGAAAAUUCACCACACACACACAAACAAAAAAAACUUCAAAGAAACAAAAAAAAAACAGAGCGACCAAACAAAGUUGAUGUCUUAGAGGAACGGUGAGGGUUUAGAGUUGUAUGAGUUAUGUGGAUGGCUACACGAUCUGAUUCUAUGAGUUCUAUGAUGAACCCUCACGCUAUAAAUUUCCAGUCUUUGAGUUCUUCCGAGAUGGUUCCGAUGAGUCCUUACUUUGGUCAAAGUGGGUCCUUGUUGGGGAUGAAUAUGAUCAGUAAUGUUACUAAUUCUGGUUUAGUUCAAACCGGGAACUCUUCUGAUUCGGUUUCUGGGCCGAAGCUAGAUACUUCCUUGGCUAGUGAAUGGUCAACUGAAGAACAGCUCAAACUGGAGAUUGGCCUUGAGAAGUAUAAGGAUAAGCCAAGUAUCAUGAAGUAUAUUAAGAUUGCAGCGACUUUACCUGACAAAACCGUUCGAGAUGUUGCUUUGAGGUGUAGAUGGAUGACGAGAAAGAGAAGAAAAGCAGAAGAAUUCAACAGUGGAAAAAGAAUAAGUUCUAGCAAGGCGGGAUUGUCUUCAAGCAUGCCUUCUGUUUUACCUGAUAGCAUGGCUUCAUACCCUUUCUUGAUGCCCUUUACGAACUCCAGCAAACAUAUUCAGUCUGAAGAUUUAAGUGGCCAUGCAAUCAGUCUCUUAGAAAAGAACGUAAGAGCUUUUAGUCAAAUAAGAGCUAAUCUAUCCUCAUACAAGGUACAUGAUAACAUAGAUCUCUUUUGUCAGACAAGGAACAACCUUAUCACCAUCCAAAAUGACAUGAGUAAUAUGCCUGGCUUGAUGAGCCAGAUGCCACCAUUACCGGUUGCUAUCAAUGAUGAUCUCUCGGCUACCAUAUUGACUAAUUCAACUUUUGCAAUGCCAUUCAACACAAUGCAAAAUGGUGGUUUCCAAAUGAAGCAAGAGCCUUCAGGGUGACUGAGGAAAUCCAUCUGGUUUCCCAUCAUAUUUUUUUCAUCACACGUUGAGAAGUUUGUAGAAAUGUGAUUCCUUCGUAUCACCAAAGAUCUUUAUCGCCACAAUGUCAUAAGAUGAAGAAAAUAGUAGAGGCUUGGUCCUGGUCUAAACUCAAAACCCUCUUGACAAGGUCUUAUAUUAGAUUGGUCAAACCUAGUUUUAAUUGUUCUUGGAGGAUUCUAAGUGAUGUGUAUAAAAAUGAAUUUAUGGGAGAUUAGAUGAGUGUGUUGAGAUUUGUAAUGUGUAAUCUUCUUUGUCCUUUGGUGUGUUAAUCUUAAUAUAUCCAUUUCCUUGUUGACAUACUUAAAGAUCAACGUCUUCAACUUGAGUGUUGUUUAUUUUUCUGCCGCCGAAGAC